UGUUGCUUUUGUGCAGGUGACCUCCAGAGAAACGUCCUCUUAGGGAAGCCGUAGGUCUCCUCGUGGUGGAGAUCUCUCUCUGCUGCCCCCUGCUGACGACUCAGCCUCCACCCGCUCCUCCCAUGGGACACAGAACUCUCCUGGUGACCACAGUCCACAUCAUGAGGUCAGGCUAGAGAGUUGUUUCCCUGAUCUCCCUCUGGAGCUGGAUCUGUCUCCUGAGGUCAACUCUCAUUCCCUGCAGGACUCUCAAGAAAACAAGCACCCAGACCCACCAGCAGGAGUUGCUGUUGCAGUCUCAUCCCCGUCCUCCUGUCUGCACACACGGCCAGAUGUGUUUGAUGCAGCUGAGCAAUGAAGCGGAGGGUCUGCUGUGGUUGGAAGCUGUGAGGCGUCAGGGUCAGGAGGGCGGAGGUGUGAGACAAGGCGGGAGUUAGACUCUCUAAAGAAAGAUGAGAACAGGUGAAAAGGAGAAGGAGAGAGAGAGUAAAGUCUUUGAAUAGUUAACGUUAGAGAAGAAUCAGGGAUAUCAUCCGGCGCAGACAUGUAUGGCUUCAUCAACAGCUGCCUCCAGUCUCUGGUGAAGGAGAAGUUUGGGCAGGAGACCUGGGACAAACUGAGCUCUCUGCCAGGAGUCCAGGACACUUUCAUGACGUACACGGUUUACGACGACGUCCUGACGGUCAGCCUGGUGCAGGAGGCCUGCUCACUCCUGGAUGUCUCCUCAGAUGUUUUCCUGAAGCUUUUCGGAGAACACUUCUUCGGUUUCUGUAAACACGCCGGCUAUGACGCCAUGCUGAGGACUCUGGGAGGAAACCUGGUCGAGUUCAUCGGGAACCUGGACGCCCUGCACAGCUACCUGGCUCUGUCCUACCAGGAAAUGAAUGCUCCAUCUUUCCGGGUGGAGAUGAGAGACGACGGGAAGAUGCUGCUUCACUACUACUCUGACAGAAAAGGCUUGUACCACAUUGUGCCGGGUAUCAUGGAAGCGGUGGGGAGAGAUCUCUUCGACACCAAAGUGACCAUGGAGAUCCUCAACCAAUCAGAGGAGGACGAGCGAACAGGGAAGAAGGAGCACGUUGUGUUUCUGGUGACCCAGGCGAGUGACUCGACACAGCUCAUGAAACGAGCCACAGAGAGAUCACAGCUGAUGGUAAACACCUUUAGAUGUUACACCCUAUGUGGUGUUAAAUUCACCACUUCUCUUAUGACAGAGGUGUGUUUGAUUUGAAUCCCAGCAGGUCUGCAGUGCUCCUUCAGUCCGUGUUACCCGGACAAACUGUGGAUGGAGGAGAAGGCUUUCUGCGACGCUUUUCCCUUCCACAUCGUGUUUGACGAACACCUGAAGGUGAGACACUCAGGUGUGAACAUCCAAAAGUUCAUCCCAGGUCUGCAGGCGAGGGAUGCAAAGCUGGAUCAAUAUUUCACCCUGAUACACCCGCAGGUGACUUUCACCAUCGAGAGCAUCCGCAAGUUCAUCAACAGUCAGUUUGUGUUGAAGAGCCACAGACACAAAGACAUCAUGCUCAAACUGAGAGGUCAGAUGGUGUGGAUGGAGUCUCUUGACUGCAUGCUGUACCUCUGCUCUCCCAAGCUGCGGAGCCUCCAGGAGCUGCAGGACGUCGGCCUCCACCUCGCCGACCUGGCUCAGCACGACGUCACCAGAGACCUGGUCCUGCUGAACCAGCAGCGCCUGGCUGAGAUGGAGCUCACCAACCAGCUGGAGCGGAAGAAGGAGGAGCUGAGGAUCCUGUCGAGGCACCUUGAGGCUGAGAAAGAGAAGACGGAGACUCUGCUGUACGCCAUGCUGCCGCGCCACAUCGCCAAUGAGCUGAAGGACGGGAAGAGCGUGGAGGCAGGAGAAUUCGACGUGUGCACAAUUCUCUUCAGCGACGUCGUCACCUUCACAAACAUCUGCGCAGCCUGCGAGCCAAUCCACAUCGUGCACAUGCUCAACUGCAUGUACUCCAAGUUCGACCGCCUCACCAACAUCCACGACAUCUACAAGGUGGAGACUAUCGGCGAUGCAUACAUGGUGGUGGGAGGCGUCCCCGUCCCCACACACACUCACGCUCACAGGGUGGCGAACUUUGCUUUAGGGAUGAGGAUCGCAGCCAGAGAGGUCACCAACCCUGUGACGGGGGAACCCAUACAGAUCCGUGUCGGUCUGCACACCGGGCCGGUGUUAGCAGGAGUAGUCGGGGAGAAGAUGCCUCGUUACUGUCUGUUUGGAGACACCGUGAACACCGCCUCCAGGAUGGAGAGUCAUGGACUGCCCGAUCACAUCCACCUGAGCUCCUCCACAUACAGUGAGUUAAAGGAUGCAGGCUUUGACAUAAAGGAGCGUGGGCAGAUCGAGGUGAAAGGUAAAGGCCAGAUGAGCACCUACUUCCUGAAGGGGAACCUGGUGCUGUCAGAAGAGAUCAUCAUGGGAAAAGCUGGAGGGGCAUGUCUGUACGGGGAGGAGCGUCACUGCCAGAGCAGCAAAGAUCCUGAGGUGAGCUCUGACUCUGAGGUGAGCGACAAACCUUCAGAGGGAGUCAUCGCCCCGGACCUCUUCACCUGGGACAUCACCCCUCCGUAUCAGACGGACGACGACGCCACCUGCACGACACCUGCUGAGAGCUGCAACAGCAAACUGUGUGUGUUACUCUGACUCUGACUGAGGGCUUCUUUUACUCUCUCUGCUUUCACACCUCUCCUGUUUCUGCAAGAUUAUUAUUGAUUAUCAGGAUGAAUAAAUGCUGAAACAAAGGGACAGAAGAAAAAUCAAGAACAGAGACACAUUUAGACAAAGAGGAGUGUGUGUUUCAUGUGACUAUGACUUUAAAUAGUUAUGUUAAACACUGGGGAAACAUAUUUAUCACACAACCAAUCAGGAGCAUGCAUGACUCCACAAAUCUGCAGAGUUAUUCUACACAUUAUGUAACAAUGCUUCAAUUUCACAUCUUUACGUCUAAUAAAAUUACCUUCACUGUG